AUGCCACAACUAAACACAUCAACAUGAUCCCUAACCAUUACCCUGAUAGUAAUCUCACUAUUCUGCAUCUUCCAACUAAAAAUAAUAAACCAAACUAUAACUUCAAUCCCUCCACAAGAAGACAAGAAAUUACCAACAAAACCCCAACUACCAUGAGACAAAAAAUGAACGAAAAUCUAUUUGCCCCAUUCAUCACUCCUACAAUCAUAG